AUGGAGGUGAUCAGAGGUAAUGCCAAUGGGACUGCAAAUAGCCCGGUGGGUAAACCUAAAGCGCCUCCUACCUACACUGAAGUCCUUAGCCAGUUCAAGGUUGGACUGAUGCCUAAGGACUAUCCGAUGUCUCGGCUCUCGACUACCAUGAUGGAACUAGUAGAAGAGUCCAUCCUGGCUAUAGUCGUUGAUAAGAGAAAGGAACAAUUCAAGCCCAAAUUCACCAACUGCUGGUUUAGGUCCGGGUUUAUGGUAAUAGAGUGCCAGAACCAGGAAACUGCAGACUGGCUGAAAGGAAUUGUUCCGAGUAUCAAGCCAUGGGAAACAGUUGAUCUGAUGGUUGUUGAUAGUGAAUCUAUCCCGAGACCAGAAAUUUUAGCUGUCUUCUUCCCCAAAAGUGAGAAAAACGACAAUGAAACCAUAUUGGCCCUGGUUGAAGGCCAUUGCCACUGA